AAUGAUCCUUCUGCAUUUGAUAUUGUCUUGUUUGACUGUGGCUGGUGCCUACAAUCAGAACUUCUCCUCUGAGCUGCACAAUGAAAGUGAUUUGCUGGUGCGCAAGGCGCGCUGGCUGCCCCUCAUCUAUCCCAGAUCCCAUCCAGCCAGACUUAAGGUCGUUCAUAGCGGGCUUUGGCAUACCCGUGGACGAUCUGAAUAUUGAGUCCAUGACCACGGGCUAUGUGUUGAAGGCGCAGUACUAUUUGCCCAAUCGAGCCAAGCAAUUGCGCGUGAAGGAUGUGCACGGCAUCACCGAGCGACAGCUUCCGGAUAAUGCCACCCUAUUCCAGCAGACGAUGCAGAAAACCGACCAGGAGCUGGGCAUACCCCCCAGCCUCAUGGAGGAGACCGCCCAUACUCUGAGUGGCUAUCGCUGGGCCAUCUACAAAAGUUUCGAGACCAUGGCAAUACGCAUGAAUCUCAAUGGACGGCAGUGCGUCUUGAAGAGCAUCUGUGAGAGCUCUGCAGCGCCCUUUGAUGAGCGCAACGGCCUGCUGGGCGAGCUGCUGCACAUACUGCUAACUCCUUCCAGCUCAAUAGAUGCGCUGUCAGAGCAUACGGAUAACGAUUAUCUACAUGCGGAGCGUUUGGGACAUGCGGGCGCCAAUUGUGAUCAGGUCUAUGCUAAUUGUGCAAAGUCCCUUUUGGCACACUUUUCGGAUGUGCAUCAUUUGGGCAGUGAAUUUCUGAAGAUAUUGGGCUGAAUGUUGUGGAAAA